AUGCAGCACUUUGGUAAAGGGGCCGUGAGAGUGGUGAAGAACUAUACCAAGGGUUAUUCAGACACACAGGCCAAAGUUCGGGAGGCAACAUCUAAUGAUCCCUGGGGCCCCAGCGGCACGCAAAUGAAUGAAAUUGCCCAGAUGACCUAUAAUCAAGGCGAUUUUGUUGAAAUAAUGGAGAUGCUGGACAAGCGAUUGAAUGACAAGGGCAAGAACUGGCGCCAUGUGUUCAAAAGUUUGACACUGCUGGACUACCUCCUCCAUCAAGGCUCGGAAAAUGUCAUCAUCUACUUCAAGGACAAUCUCUACGUUAUAAAGACUCUCAAGGAGUUCCAGUACAUCGACGAGGAUGGAAAAGACCAGGGAGGCAAUGUGCGGGCUAAAGCGAAGGACAUCACAAGUCUCCUGCAAGACGAAUCACGCCUGCGAAAUGAGCGCCGAGCACGUGCUAGUAUGCGGGAAAGAAUGGUACGAGGAGCGGAGGGCGAGGGUGAAUUCGAUGACGCAGCUAGAGCGGUUGAUGAGAAUGGCCGUCGGAGAGGGACAUAUGACGAUGAUAUGCAGAAAGCUAUCGAAGCUAGCAAGCAGUCAUUGCGACAAGAACAACUCACCAAGGAGGAGCAGGACCUACAGGAGGCGAUCAAGCUCAGUAAGCAGGAGGAAGACAACAGACAGCAGAGCAUGGAAGAGAGCAAUGCCAAAUCGCUCUUCGAUGACCAACAACAAUUGCAACCAGCAAGCAACAACCCAUUUCCUUUUCUCAAUGCACCGCCACAACAACAACAACAACAACUCCAGCCACAAUUCACUGCUAUCCAGCCGCAGUUCACAGCGUUCAAUCCAUACCAGCAGCAGGCGCAGCUUGAGGCGGAAUACCUGUUACAACAGCAACAGCAGCAAGCCUUCCUUCAGCAACAACAACAGGAGGAAUGGAUGCGUCAGCAAAUGCUCAUCCAACAGCAGCAGCAGCAACAAGCCCAGCAGGAGGAGUGGAUGCGUCAGCAGAUGAUGCAGCAGCAGCAGCAGCAGCAGCUUGCUCCUCAGCCAACUGGAUUCGGUUCCAACAAUCCGUUCGCUUUGAGUCAGCAACCACCGAUGCCAUCGUUCGUUCAACAACCGCAACCACCCACUUUCAACCUUCCUGGGACAUACGAAAACUCCACAUCCCCACCUCCACAAAUGACGUCCAGUCCCGCUCCUUCCAAUCAGCAGCAUUCGCCACAGCCUGGCGGCGCGGGCUUCAAGGUCAAAGUCAAUGAUGGUAACAACCAGCAUCUUGCCAAUCUGUUUGCCAAUAGAGAGGACGGGCAGGAUACCUUCGGGAAUGUUGGUGCUUUGAGGUAUGGCCACACCAACGCGGGUCGGGCAAUGGUUGCAAACCAAGGCCCGAAUCCUUUUGCCAGGCCGCAACAGCAGACACAACAAAACGAGCAACCCUUCUUCAGCGUUUGA